AUGCCAAAGCGGAUGGCUCUGAUCUGCUUCCUUUCUCUGGUCAUGCUGAUGAGCAUCCUGGGAAACCUGCUGGUCAUGGUGGCCGUCUGCAAGGACCGACAACUCAGGAAAAUCAAGACCAACUACUUCAUCGUGUCUCUGGCGUUUGCCGAUCUGCUGGUGUCGGUGCUGGUGAUGCCGUUCGGUGCCAUCGAGCUGGUCCACCAGCACUGGAUCUACGGCGAGACCUUCUGCUUGGUCCGGACGUCUCUGGACGUCCUGCUGACCACCGCGUCCAUCCUGCACCUGUGCUGCAUCGCCCUGGACCGGUACUACGCUAUCUGCUGCCAGCCUCUGGUCUACCGGAAUAAGAUGACGCCCAUGCGAGUGGCUCUGAUGAUCGGCGGCUGCUGGGUCAUUCCCACCUUCAUCUCUUUCCUGCCCAUCAUGCAGGGCUGGAACAGCAUCGGCAUCGACCACCUGAUCGAGCAGCGGCGUCACAGCGAGGGCAGCAACUCCACAUCCUGUGUCUUCAUGGUCAACAAGCCAUACGCGCUCACCUGCUCCGUGGUGGCCUUCUACAUCCCGCUGGUCCUCAUGGUGCUGGCCUACCAGAGGAUCUACGUCACGGCCCGAGCACACGCCCUGCAGAUCAGCAUGCUGCAGCGGGCGGGAGGAGCCGGAGCCAGCGCACCCGGUACUUCAGGCGCCGGUGUGGACUCUGCUGACCAUCAACGCAACCACCGUAUGCGAACAGAGACUAAAGCGGCAAAGACUCUGUGCAUCAUUAUGGGAUGUUUCUGCCUCUGCUGGGCGCCGUUCUUCGUCACCAACGUGGUAGACCCGUUUAUAGACUACACGGUGCCGGACCAGCUGUGGGCGGCUUGCCUGUGGCUGGGCUACAUCAACUCCAUGCUGAACCCCAUCCUCUACGCCUUCCUCAACAAGUCCUUCCGCCGUGCCUUCCUCAUCAUCCUGUGCUGUGGGAGGAAGAGGUACCGCAGGCCAUCCAUCCUGGGCUCCGGCGCUCCCUGCACAGCCACGCAGAUCAACGGCUCCACACAUGUACUCAAAUAUUCUGUCCUUCAAAACGGGAACCACACGGAGCAGAAGAAGUCUCUGCACACCGUCACAGAGUCCCACGAGUCCUGCUUGUGACCAACGACGACUCCUCAGUCACAUCUCCAAUGACCUCGGCUCUCACAUCGUCGCCACGGAGACGAUGGAAACAC